AUGAAAUUACCAAGAGAAGUAGUUUUUCAAGUAGCAAAGGGUUUUAGAGGUAGGAGCAAAGGAUGUUUUAAAAUUGCAAGAAGUAGAGCAAUGAAGGCUUUACUUCAUUCUUAUAUUAUGAGGCGCCAAAGAUAUAGAAGGCUACGGGUACAUUGGAUAGCUAGCAUAAACAGAGGAUGCAGAGAAUGGAAUUUUACAUAUUCAAAAUUUAUGUAUAGUUUAUUAAAUAAUAAUAUACUCUUGAACAGAAAGAGCUUAUAUACAUUAUGCUACACCGAACCAAUAAGUUUUAAGGCUUUAGUAGAUGAAUCAAAAUAUGUUUUUUAUCAAAGGAAACUUAAGUUUCGAGACAUAUCACAAUUUUAA